AUGGAUAUGGAUGGUAUGAGCAUGUCCACCACUUCGACGGGUUGUGACCCUGUCAACUUUUGGAAUUGGGUAACUGUCGGAUCUUGUCUCUUGGCAAGUUCAUGGAAUGUCAACACCAAGGGCCAGUUUGCAGGCACAUGUAUCGGUGUGUUUUGUUUUGUACUGAUUAUAGAGUUUUUGGACCGCAUCAAGCGCGAGUAUGACCGGUACCUCUAUCGACAAUGGCAUUGGACUACUGCAGGCGGUAAGACCGAGGAAUUUCUGCCAUCGAUGGAGCUGGUUCUACCGAAUCCUAUUUUUUCCUUUUCCCACUCACCAGCUUUUGUCUACUACCGCCCGUCGAUUUUUGCGCAGGUCGUUCGAACGGGGCUUUACUUAGUCCAGUAUAUUGGAAUUUAUAUUGUGAUGCUGAUAGCCAUGUCAUAUAACGGCUAUGUCAUCAUAAUGAUCUUUUCAGGCGGGCUAGUCGGCUACUUUUUAUUCAGCGCAGAUGUAUUUAAGCCAGCCGUUUGUGAGAUUGGCACCGAAAGUGGUAGUCCUUUGAUUGGCGGUUUUAUAUUUUGA